CUUCACUGGGCCCAAAACAGCACAUCCACUUUUGAAUCAUGUCCCGCUUAGAAUUGCUGACGCCUGAGGGUCUUCGCAUUGACGGUCGUCGAGCCAAUGAAUUGAGGAAGAUCACUGCCAAAACUUCGGUGUUCAGCCAAGCUGACGGAUCUGCUUACAUCGAACAAGGCAACACAAAAUGUCUUGCUGCCGUCUAUGGUCCUCGAGAAGCGCGCCAUCGUAUGCAAAUGCUUGCUGAUCGUGCUCUCAUCAACGUCGAAUUCAACGUUGCUCCUUUUAGUACAAGCGAACGAAAAAAGCGAACAAAAAAUGACAAACGUUCCCUUGAAGUCGCCACAUUUAUCCGACAAACAUUUGAACCCGUGAUUCAGACCAGCCAAUUCCCGCGAUCGCAAAUUGACAUUUAUCUCCAAAUCUUUCAACACGACGGUGGUAUUCUUCAAGCGUGUAUCAAUGCAGCCACCAUGGCGCUCGUGGAUGCCGGUAUUCCCAUGAUCGACUAUGUAUGUGCAUGUUCAGCUGGAUGCAUCGACAAAAUCCCGGUCUUGGAUCUCAAUAACCUUGAAGAAUCGUCUGAUACACCUGAAAUGACGGUAGCGAUACUGCCAAGAACUGGCAAAGUCAAUUUGGUCGAGAUGGAAUCGCGAUUGCAUAUUGACAAACUGGCGAGUGUCACAGAACUGGCUACGCAGGGAUGUAUGCAGAUUCAUGAGAUCCUUGACAGCGUGAUUCGCGACAACACACAGCAUUUGAUGAAUAGAUUGACCGCAUAAUAACAAAGAAAAAUAAAUACGAUUGACAAACUCGCAUAAGAUUCCUCCACGCUUAUUCGUAUGCAACCGUUGUUCAAUACAAGCGGUCCCCAUCGUAAAGAUCUAGG